AUGAAAAAGCCGCCAUUACAUCACGUGAUAUCCGUGAAUAGGCCAAAAGUGUGUUUUUUGUGCCACAUAGAAAUUUUAAAAAAAUGUUGGGCAUAUUUCCAAGUUAAAGAUAGCGUUAUUUUAGCAGGAUUUGAUUUGGCACCGAUUAAUAAAUAUUUUUUUUUGAAACCUGAAAUGGAAACAUAUUUCGAGAGUUUCCAAGAAAAUGAACAUAUUUCAGAUAGCUCAUUUAUGCCUUUACCUGAUCCAUGUAGCCUUGGAGAAAAUACUGAAAAUUUAUUUACAAAUAAUAAAGAAGAUUUUCAUCAGAUAAUGUCUGAUUGGGUACAACAUGUUGGAUUACUUCAGUCCAAUGACUCUGAAGAUUUAGGUCUUGAGUUAGGAUUGGGAUUAGAUUGUGGAAAUGAUACAUUAAAUUCAUUAGUGAACAAUGAUUUUUAUGAUGAAAAAGAUAAUUCGAUUGUAUCGAAAGGAUUAAAAAAUUCUAUUCAUAAAAAUACUAUCGAUUAUGAUACUUCUUCAAAAUUUAUAGGAGUAAAUGACCAAAAAAAAGAUUUAAUCAUUGAAAAUUUAAGUCCUAGUAACUCUCAGUAUGAAAACUGUCAGAAGUUAUGUAAAUUAAUUAAGACUGAAAAUGGCGGCGUCGUGGGAAAAGUGACGUUGGUAAAUGGAGAAAAAGAAAUUUUAGGUAAAAAUAUUGUAGGAUUGCAUUGUUUAAACGAAAUCAAAGAGAAUCCCGAUGAAAAUUGUCAAGUUACGAGCACUGUGAUUAAUGGAAAACGGUAUAAAAUUAUAAUUAAACCCAAGUCGUUUAAAGUAAAAAAACUAAGCGAAGAAAAGAUAAAAAAAACUCUUAUAAAAAAACUCCUCCAAUGUAAUUUAGUUGGGAAAACGGAACAAAAAGAGGAUGAAAUUAUUACGGAAAUGAGGAAUGGUAAUUACGAUGUGCCAAUUUUAGGCAGCGAUGCAGUUCUUCCAAGUUGGGAUUUAGUUAAUUUAGAUAAUAGUUGGAAUAUGAAUUUAGAAAAUGAAAACGAUUUUUUCAAUGUCGAACCGGAAAUUAAAAAAGUUCAACCGCUCCGGAAAAAAAUAUCGAAAUUGAAAAAAAUUAAAAAGAAAAAUUCGAUUUGUAAAUCCGAUGAAGAAAUAGACGUAGAUUCGAUCGGUGACAAAGUGGUCGAAGGAAGUAAUCUUAAUAAUUUACUUGCGAAUUUCGAAAACGAAGUGGCUAAACUACAAAAUGAGAAAACACCCGAUUUGGAAUCUGAUGUAGAAAAAAAUGAAAACAAUGAAAAUAAUGCUGAUAAAACGACCAAAAAGGGUAAAAAUAGUUUACCCAAAGAAAUGAUUGAAAAAAUAGAAGCUCUUAAGCGAAAAAAAGAUUGUAGUAGAAUUCCAUUGAUUCAAGCUAUGCCAUCUAAAAAAACGGUUAAAUGUUGUACCAGAAUGCAAGAUGCUGUCGCAACAAUGAAUAGAAAUAAAUUAUUGAAAAUUGUAACCAAUGGAGAUACGGUGUCCUUAGAUCACGAUUAUUGCAGUAUUUUCAAUAGAAAUACUUUUAACAAAUCUAAAAAAACUAGUUAUUUAACGGAAAAAAAUCCUAAAAGAGACAGUGGAAUGGAAUCUGGAGAUGUAAGUGAUACAAGUGAAGGAACAAAUACACCUGAUGCCACAUUAAACAAAACGCUCACUCCUCCGAGCAUUAGAUUAACUCAAGAACAACAGAGGAGGAAUGCAAAUCAAAAUACCACGGAUGCAUUUCUCGAAAAACCACAAAAAAAUGUUACUAAUAGCGAUACAGUAAAAACUGAAACCGUUUCAAAUGGUAAUAAAGCAUUGACGAACAAUAAUUUAAAUUUAAAUUCUAAUUGUGAUAAUAGUUUUUCGGUUAAUAAUAAUAACGUACAUGGUAAAAGUGAUAACGACGAGAAAAAUAAGUGUAGUAAUUUGUCUUCUGCUCCGGUCGAAAUAACGGCUGACAAAUCUCAAUCGGUUGAAAAUGAGCGACCCAAAAAAAAGCUCAAGCUCGAAGAAUAUUUAAGCAGGAGAAAUAUUAGAGAAAAAGAGAAAAAAAAAGAUGGUAGUGAUAAUGUCGAAUCAAAAGUCGUAGAAAAUAAUAUAUCGCGUUCCGAAAGUGUCGUCGAGUCGGUGUUAAGUGGUCCAGAAAUCGGGAUAAAAGAUCUGAUUUCUCAUCUGGAUCUUCUUCCAGAUCACGAUCUAGAGAAAGUUCAACUUCUAGCGAUUAUGGGAAAAAUAAACGUAAUAGCAGAAAUUACUCGAGAUACAGAAGAAGAUCUAGAUCGGGUUCGUCGUCGAGAGAAAGAUCAAGAUCUAGAAAUCGAUAUUAUGGAAAUAAAAGUAGAUUCAAUAGUUAUCACCACAGUAGACAUGCUAAUAAUAAAAGGAGGUAAAAAGUUAUUUCUAUUAGGAAAAUCAGUUGUAGGAGCCUAUCAGGUGAACAUAAUUAAAAUUUUUAGAUCCAGAUCACCUUUUUAUGCUUAUUCGAUGCGAGAAAAACAAAGGCAGAUUGAAGAGAGACGAGUCAUUUAUGUGGGAAGAAUAGAAGAAGGGAUGACAAGUGCCAAGCUCAGAAAACGAUUCAAUGCAUAUGAUGCCGUUGAACAUGGCAACGAUGAUCCAUCAUUGCCACGAUACGAUUUGUGUUUUGGCGGUCGUAGAGGAUUUUACGGAAUGCCUACUUCUUAUUCAGGUUUUAAAGAUACGCCUACGCCUACGACGAGAAAUAAUUAUGAUUCCUUUGAUUUGCUUUUAAAAGAAGCACAAGCGAAAUUAAAAAAUCGAAAAAAAUGA